GUCUGUCUCUCCUCCAUUGUCAUCUUUUUCAACACAAUCGUAGCCACGAUGUUCUGGGCGUACCAAACUGACCUCGUCUAAUCACACGACAGCCCCAUAUCUGAUGGGCAACCCCGUCAUUUCAUUCCAAAAGAUCCCACUUUUAUUCCACUUUCCACUCUCUUCCUCUUCCCGCUGAGUCACAUUUGUUUCCUUGAAAUAAUGUCUUCGCUUCAAUUCUCAUUCUCUCCUUCCUCGAUUCGCCGCCAGCCGUCCGCUGCGAAGCACUCGAUCGUGCCUUCCUCCGCUGCUGCCGGUGUAUCGAGAGGGUGCUCCUCCUCCUGGACGAGUAACGACGUCGUCUGUCUCAGUAAUGUCGGUCAGAAGAGGCGGAGGGGAAGUGGAUCGUUCAGGGUGAGAUCGAGCUUGGACACUGUGGGCCCUACAGCAACUGUGGGCCAGGUCACCGAGGUCAACAAGGACACCUUCUGGCCCAUCGUCAAGUCGGCCGGUGAAAAGACUGUCGUCUUAGACAUGUACACUCAAUGGUGUGGGCCUUGCAAGGUCAUCGCGCCAAGAUUCCAAGAGCUAUCCAAGACGUACCUUGAUGUUGUCUUCUUAAAGCUUGAUUGCAACCAAGAUAACAAGCCUCUGGCGAAGGAGCUCGGUAUAAGGGUGGUUCCUACCUUCAAAAUUCUGAAGGACAGCAAGAUUGUAAAAGAAGUCACAGGAGCCAAAUUCGAUGAUUUAGUUCAUGCCAUUGAUAGUGUCAGAUCCAGUUGAUUAUACAUCUAUAUUUAUAUAUAUAAAUAUUUUCGAACAUUGUAAAUUACUCAAGAGAGCCUAUACAAUGCCUGCGUGAAAAUAAUUGUUGUAAUACGUUGGAUAUUAUUGCACAAUCUAAUCUAAAUGGAGUGUCUGUAA